CUCACCCAUUAUUCAUGGAAGACUGAGAAGUUGACUUGUACAACCCCAAUGGGUUCACAUUCUACAACAUGCUAGAAAGUUGUGAUAGUAGCCAGGACUCCCACGCAAGGUCUAACAGGAAAUCUAGCUUCAGGAAGAACGACCUAUUCAUCAGCCCAAAGGUCAGUAUGAACCCUGGUGAAGAGAGCAAGCAUCAAAUUUUUAACGUAAACAUCUCAGAUGUUGGCUCUGUUGACUCAAGAAGCACUGUUCCGAGGAGACCUCGCAGCUCUAGUCAGCCUACUGAGAAUAACGAGAGAAUCAUUAAGGAACCCUUCCUUUCCCCUAGGCGUAAACUAGACAAGAGAGUUGAGACUAUGAGUAACUGUAGCAACACGAAGCCAAAACCUGCUUUUAGCGAGUGCUGAGGAAGCGUAGAUGGGAGCUUGAAGCUCAAGCGUGCUAAAGCUAAGAAGAUCGGCUCUAAAUACCCAAAUUUACUCAAGCAAGCAAAAAGAAACAGGAAGAAGAAAAGAGUCUAUAAAAUACAGAAUGUUGAUGAAAUCAUUAAUGAGCUCAACUCCAUCUCUUCUCCUGCACUUUAUUGAGAUUUGUUGUAUAAGACUUUGAAAGAGAAAAAUAAGAGCCUCCUUAGGAGUGUAGUUGAUGAGCUUGGAAUGCCUGACUGCACCUCUCUGUUGAGAGAGGUAUCACUUAUACAAGAUAACGGUGGUAUGAAAACUCACGAUGGAAGUAACAGAAUGAAGACUCUUGGAGGAGUCUUCUUCUACCUGAUACGAACAAGUAGCUCUUUAACUAAAGAGCGAAAAGACAAGAUAUUUAAGUCAGAAAAGAAAUAUCUCAAGGCUAAAAAGAAUAUAGCCAAUGAUUUAGAGAAAUUGCUGACUCUAGGUAAUGAGUAAUU